CAUGUAGCGGAGGAAAUGCAGAUGAUGUCCACCGGAGCAGGUGCCGUGCUUCAAAAUCCUUAUGCAUUACAAGCUGGAUAUCAGGGGGUGCAGGUGCCCCAAUUCCCCUCCCAAUUUAUGCCAAUGAGGCCAGCCGGUGUUGGAAUGGGAAUGCAUGGCAUUUCUUCUUCAACUGCACUACCUGGGAUGUCAUUUCCCUUGGCCAGUCCUUGUCAAUCAACCCUAGCAGCCUCAGGAUUGGGCAUGGUUGGUCCAAUGCCUCAGAUGCACUUGCCACUGAAUCCUUUCCAACCGUUGCCCUCAGCAGAUUCUGGUUCCACUUUGAUGGCUGCACAAACAUCUUGUACAAGCUUAUCUUCAACCUUAGUUUGUACAACUCAAACAGAAACUAGUUCACUGAGUGUGCCAAGAGCGGCUCAAGUGCCUCUGAUGAAUCAGGGGCCGAUCGCAAGUGGUUCAACUUCAAUAGUUCUGCCAAGUCAAAUUAUAACUCCUGCUUCCUCAUCAAGUACCAGUCCAGCAGUCCAGUAG